UUGAGUUUGAAGGUGAAAUUCCAAUCACUGGCCCAUGAGGUGUUUCAUGGUGGCUCCGAAGAACAAUUCAUGGCGGAAUUCCACAAAUUGGUUCGCAGCAAACCGAAUAUUUCGGAAAACCUUUCGCUGUACAUCGACAGCUUCAUGAGGAAAGAAAGAGAAGCUUCUGAUAACGACAUUGAGGUCAAAAUGGAGGAAGUGAUGACGAUAUUCACAAGUCUGGAGAAGCGCGAUGAAUUUGAGAUAUAUUUCAAAAAACACCUGGCUCACCGACUGAUUCUAAACAAAACUGUUGGUAAUGACUUUGAACGCACCAUGGUCAGCAGAUUCAAGGAGCAUUGCGGGGAGGAUUUUACAAAAAACAUCGAGGCAAUGUUCAAAGACAUUCAGCUGUCCAAAGACUGCUACGACGAGUUUAAAAGAUUGCCAACAAGCUCAAAAUCUGGAGUGGAUUUGCGUGUAACUUCUCUGCUGAAUUAUAAGUGGGAUGACAUAGUUGAUAUCCAGGAAAAUCUCAUCAUUUCUGGUGAUCUUCUUCGCAUUUUCGAACCAUUCAAAGCCUUCUAUUUGGGGAAAUUCGAGAGUAGGAAAUUGAGACUGCAUUGCAAUUACGGGACUGCCGAGUUGAAGUUAUCGUUCUAUGACCAAAAUCAACAAAUUGUCCGAUCGGAGAUGCUCAACGUUCAAACGCCCUUGGUGAUCGUUCUUCUUCUCUUCAACGACAAUUUGGCCUUGACAUAUAAUGAGAUAAAAGCACAAACGAACUUCCACGAUGAAAAACUAAAAAUGAUUCUCAGCCGACUUUCGACUGGCCGAAUGACGGUCUUGAAAAAAAUGGCCGAAUCGCAAGAAAUCAAACCUGAGGACCAAUUUGCGAUUAAUGAAGGGUACAAAACUAAGCGCAAAAGAGCGCGAAUCCAACAUUUGGACACGAGCAAAGAGAGCGUGGAGGAGAAAAAGGUGACGGACGAUAUGCUUGAAAAGUCGAGAGGGCACGAAAUGGAAGCUGCGAUCGUUCGCGUGGCGAAAGCGCGCAAGAGCAUCCAGCUCAAUCCGCUAAUCUGCGAGGUGAUCGACCAACUGAAGCACAGGUUCACGCCGCAACCAAAGAAAAUCGAAGAGCAAAUUGAGAAACUCGUUGAAAAGGAGUAUCUCAAGAAAGAAAAUGACAACUUUGUUUACGUCGCGUGACGAAGAUUUAUAAUAUUGUUAAAAAUUAAAUAAUUGUAAAUAAAUCAAUUGCAAAAUAGUUUUUCCUGUUGCUUUGACGUUCGGAGUACGAGGUUUAUCUCUGAAAAUCA